ACCAUUCAGCAGCAGACAACAGAGACAUCAGAAGCAGCUCAGACAACAGACCCUCAGCAGAGACAAAGAUGAAAACGCCGCAGCUUCUCGUCCUCCUGGUAACCAUUCUGGUGCACGUGGCAGCCGGUUUCCCCGCUGACAGAGCUCUGCCGGGCCGGUCCAAGCACGCCUCCUGGGACGACGUGAACGUGGUGGCUCACGGCCUCCUGCAGCUGGGCCAGGGUCUGAAGGAGCACGUGGACAAGUCCAAAGUCCAGAUGAGGGACGUCAGUGGCAAACUGAAAGCCUUAAACGGCACGGUGGCUGAGCUGGAGAGGAAGCAGCAGGAGCAAGAUGAAGCUCUGAAGGAGAGAAGCAAAGAGGUGGAGCGCGGGGAGAGGCUGGUGGCAGAGCUGGCGGAGGAGGUGGAGGCGAAGAUGGAGGAGGUGAAGAAACAGAGCGAGGACAUCCACACCAGGAUGAACAGACUAGAGGAGAAGGUGGACAAGGUGCAAAGUUGGGACAACAACAACAGCGAUCACACAGGAGUCCCAUUCAUCCAGAGGCUGGUGGCGGCUCAGAACAAACGCAUCGAUCAGCUGGUGGAGAAAAUCAAGCAGCAGCAAGACAAACUGGAGAAGCAGAGCGUGCACCUGCAAGCUCUGCAGAGCAAGGUUGCACAUAAGAGAGUAAAAUCACACAGACGGAGAGACGAGGAGACGGUGCUGAGGGGAGAAGCAGAGCACAGCAAAAACCUGUCAGGUUUGGCCAGAGACUGUCACGAUCUGUUUGUGCAAGGGCAGCGAGCCAGCGGCAUCUACACAAUCCAGCCAGAGAGCUCGCAGCCAUUCAACGUCCUCUGUGACAUGACUUCAGAAGGUGGAUGGACGAUCAUCCAGAAACGUCACGAUGGAUCCCAGAAGUUCAAUCUGCUGUGGGAAAGCUACAAGAGAGGCUUCGGCAGCCUGAAUGGUGAGUUUUGGUUGGGCUUGGAGAACAUCCACUCCCUCUCCAAACAAGGCCAGCACGUGCUGCAGGUCGAGCUCUCUGAUUGGUCGGGACAGCAGAGGUCUGCAGCUCGUUAUCGAUUCCAGCUCGAUGGAGAAGAGGAGAAGUUCACUCUCCACCUGGAGGAGGAGCCUUCAUCUGGAGUUCAGGAGAGCAUAAUGACGACAGGAGCUUCUGGUCUUCCUUUUUCCACGGCCGACAGAGACAACGAUCUCGCCGCAGAGGUCAACUGCGCCGAACUGCUGUCAGGCGGUUGGUGGUUCAGCAGCUGUGGUGAGUUGAACCUGAACGGCAGAUAUCCCAGAGGGCCGAGCAUGCUCAGACGAAAGCAGCACAGACGACAUGGGAUGUUUUGGACGUCCACAAACGGACAAAACCACUUAGUGAAGACCACUCUGCUGAAGAUCGCACCCGCCACAGUAAAGCAAUAAGCACAUCAGUCUUAACAAGCAGCACAGGACCAAAGACCACAGUGUCAGCUGAAUGAAUGAUGUGCUGAUGAUUCACUGGAUCGCCAUAUUUCUAUGCCGUGCUAUAUGACAACUCGUUGUCUCAGUCAUAUUGACUUUGUGACUUUAUUCCCUUUGUAAGGGUCUUAUUUUCCUAACCUUAUUGUUUAGUACCUGUUGUGUAUGUGUUUUAAAUACUUAAACUAUUGCUUUCAACAUUUAUACACUUUUUUUUAUAUUUGGUUCAUGUGGAGUAAAUAAAGUUUUUUUUAAGGUUGAA